AGUGAUGUGCUAUCUGUGAUUACCGAUAGAUCCUCAGUCUGCCCCGCUAAUGCCAUAGAGGAUACCAGACACGGUAGAUUCGAUUCUGCUGAUAGGGAAUGGGCUCAGUGGGCCCUGUGUGGAAGUGCCAAUAUUGCACAUUUCGAUCCUUUCGCUCACGGCAGAGCUGGUUACUUAGGGAGUUUGGAUUUGGAAACCGGUUUCCCAACCAAGAAAACAAGCGAUGGGAGGUAUGACCAGGAUGACCCUGCGCAAUUGUUUGUUAUGGUAUUGACUGUUCCAUUUUCCGCGUUUGCUUCCUCCUUCCUCCAGUCACCUCUUGCCCUUCUCAUCGUCGAGCUUUCGGAUAAUUUCGCGAAGCUUACCUAUUUUCCACUGGAGGUUUCAAAAUCAAAUCUUUGCUCCACCGCCGCGAGCGAAAAUUGGAUAGACGAAAUGUCAAAGUUUUGAUUGUGGUCAAAACUGUGCCGAUAUUCAAGCACCACGACAAAAAUUCCUCUUUGCCUACCUAUGCUACAAUAACCUCUAAUCCUUCAGACUACCGCACCCUUACCCCUAACACCAGCAUCACAUUUUACAAAGCUACGAAUCGGCCAGGCAAGACCAAAGGCUCCAGGAAGCAAGCAGCAGCUAAAGAUAUCAUACAGCCAAACUUCCAAGAUAUGGCUAUUGGAGGUCUUGACAGGGAGUUCCGCGGGAUUUUCCAUCAAGCCUUUGGAUGUCGUAUUUUUCAGCCUAGCCUUGUGGAGAACCCGGAACCCAAAACCGGAAGGGAACCCCACUCCCUGGACCUCCGGGGACCGGCAAAACCCCGACGGCUAGGCAGAUUGAUAAGAUGCUGAAAGCGAAGGAGCCUAAGGAUCUUAAUGAUCCGGAAAUCUUGAAUGGGUUUAUCGGAUGAUCGGAGGGGAACAUCAGAAAGUUGUUUGCGGAUGCGAAAAAGCAGUACAAGGGAAAGGCAGAAGAGAGUGGGUUAAUACCAGCAUAUUUGGCGGUCUGGGUGCUAUCUGCUGACCGAGGGGGGGUAGGAACGAGGAGGCUAGGGGGAGGUUGCGUCGUGAAUCACCUGCUCCUGGAGGUAUAUUCGAAGUCACUUUUGUCCGCCGUGUUUUGCUGACAAGAGUGGUAUCUUAGCUAGAUGGUGUUGGUCAAUUGAAAGGUACAUUGAUUAUUGUAAUGAUCAAUCGUAUGGAUAUGAUCGGUGAAGCUCUUCGGCGCCCGGACCGUCUCGAAGUACACGUUGAGAUUUCCCCCCGACAAGUUUGGCCGAAAACAAAUCCCGAAGAUCCACACAAAUAGGGCGAAUGAAAAUCAGCUGAUGGAUUACGAUGUCGAUAUCCGGGGGCUGGCCGCGAAGACAAAGAACAUUUUAGAAGCUGAGAUUGCUGGAUCAGUUAAGAGAGCAAGCAGUUUUGCAUUCAAUCGACAAGUGAAGGUAUAAAUUGUAUUUACUUUUGAGUAACUAGUUUCUAAUCAAUUUAUAGGUUGGAACGAUUGCCGGGAUAUCCGACCUUGUGAACCCAGUGUUCUCAACCGUCCAGUCCGUCCGUCUUUGGGAGAGGGCGGGACGAACUAUAGCCGGUAGUCCGUCAUUUUUGCAGUGCUAGGACGGACUACGCUCGGACUGGUAGGACUGGGCGACUACCCAAGACUGCCGUCCUACCUCCUGAAAUCCUAUUAAUAAAAUGACCCUGUCAGCCACAAGGUUUCAACCAUUUCUGAGGUUGUUUGUGGUAUGAUCUGUUCCCCGGUAGUCCCUCGCCGUCCCUUUUACCGGAUCACUGAAAUCUAGCCUGUGAGCAUCCAAGUACGCAACCAUGUUCCAUGGCUGAUUAUGCUUGGUGGGUGUUGGAUUUUGGGGGUGGCUGAUGGGGGUAUCCACGUCAGUGUUUCUAGUGGUAAACUUUCAAGUUUACUCUUUUAUUUCAUAUAGUAGAGUGGGUCCCAAGCUAACUCCCCUCUAGUAUUUGGGUCAUGGUAGGUGAUAUCAAAGCAUCAGAGGUGUCACCGAAGUGACAGUUCUGCCACUAACUUGACCAGGUAUUUCCUCUCAUCUGAGGUGGGCGAGAUGCCAAUGCAGUCAGCCCUCUUGGCCGGCAAGAGACCCAUCAGGUACUCCUUUGUCUCCAUAGUUUUCGGGUCAUCCGCCUCUUCAAUCAUCCAACUCCCACACCAUGCUCCCUCAAUUCGCCGUGAGAAAGACCGCCCUGGCAGGUUUUCACCUGUCACCUGUGCUUUAGCAUGGCCUCAGAACCGGUUCCUGCAAUUACUUAACGUAAAGGCUUCUCCAUCACUUUACCCCUUUGUUUAG